CAAACCAGGAGCUACGGACUACAUCAAUGCUACGUAUAUGCAUAGCUACAGAAUGAAGAAACGCUAUCUGGUAGCACAAACUCCACUACCAGAGACGGUUAUCGACUUUUUGACCCUAGCUGUCCAAGAGAGAUGUUCAUGUAUCGUCAGUUUUGAAGCUGACAUGGACAAACAAAGGAAUAUCGGCAUUUACUUCUCUGGUCCAAACCAAGAUGAUUUAAAAAAGGGAUCGUUUCAAGUCAGCUGUUCAAAAGAGGAAAAGAAAUCAUUCUACACAGAACGAACAUUGAGAAUACAGCACAAAGUGGCAGGGAAGUGCACUGAUCUAACCAUUCCACACCUUCAAUUUACUGACUGGGAUGAAAUGAAGAAUAUUCCAACAUCAACUUCAAACUUUCUGUCAUUUCUGAGUUUGAUAGAGAAUGUCACAAAACAACAAGAUGAUGGACCGAUAUUGGUCCAUUGCUUAAAUGGUGCAGGUAAAAGUGGUUUGUUCUGUGUGGUUUCGCUGCUUCUCCACAAGAUGGCCGAGGAACAUGAAGUCAGUUUACUUAACACUGUCAGGAAGGUAAAAUCCACGCGGAGGCUAGCGAUCCCAAGUCAGGAGCAAUUUAUAUACUGCCAUGGAUGCGUUUCGGAGUACCUUCGUUCGUUUAAUGUGUACGCCAACUUCAACGAGGCUACAGGAAAAAUUUAAUGUGUUGUUUAGUCGUAAAUCGUGUAUAUAUAUUUUGGUGCCGUGUUUUGCGCAAAGCAUACUAACAGAUAUGUAAUGAUAUGCCAUUAUUGUUACUUGUAAUAUAAUAUUAUAUAUCUUUAAGUCUAUAUGAAUUAAUGUCAUUUAAAAGGAGUAUCACUUUUAUCACCUUAUUUACAAAAUAUUCUUUACCCGAUAACAUUCAUAUUUAUUGAAUGUGUAUCUUUUAAAAGAGUGAAAAUUUUCGACAUGAUAUCUCUAAACUGUAUAUAUUUGUAUCAAAAGUAUCGUUGACGAUUAGUCUCGCGUAACAGAUGUAAACAUUACCUUUUUUGUAAGAACAACACUGCAGAUGUAUUUUAUCUUUAUACCUGGGAAACAAAAUGCUUAAAGUUUUAACACUUUAAGUUUAUGUUUUAACAUGUGAAUGCAUUGACUUCGAAUAAUUAUGUAAGAGUGUCAUUUUAAGGGUUAUAUAUUAAUACUGAUUCGUUGUUCCUUACGGGUUAUUUAUUAAUAAUAAGAGGUCUUAAAAUAUUUCUUAACCUCUUUUGCCACAAAGAUUGCCUAAAUACUUCUAUACAAACCAAAAGAGCAACACAAUAGCCAAAUCUUUAAAUAUAUUCGUAUGAAUUUACAACUUCAAUACCAAUUAUUCAUUGCCCUUUGAAAGAAAAUAAACAUGUUUUUUGUCAAUAUUCACGUCAGCAGCAAUUUUUAUGUUGAUAGGUGUUGAAUCAUGUCUUCGUUUCCGUAGUUUGCUUCUUGUUUAUCAUAUUUUGUAUGUUAUUCAGUGAAUGGUCAUAGUUCAUUUUUGACAUUAUGUUGUUGUAUAUACUUGUAGAUUGUUUCAGACAAUAUUGUUGUAUACGACGAAUUAGGAUUGUUUUCAAAUGCUAAAAUGUUGUAUACACAUGGGUAUCAAAGACUCUUGAUAAAAUUGGAAGUGAAUAAUCGAGUAUACAAACCUUAUAUCAACAUUGCAAGAUAUUAUUAAGACUAUAUUGGGGCUUUAUAAACAACGUUUGCAGUUAACAAUUUGUUAUUCUUCUUUCGCAGGAAGUUUGAUUGUGUGUUAUGAUUUGCUCAGAUAAUCAGGUAUUGAUAUUGUAUGAUACAUGUAAGAUACCAUGUUGGCAAUGCUCAUGCUGUAAAUACAUUGCGUAUAAUUGUUUUAUUUCUUUUAGUCUACCAUGAUUUUCUGAAAAACACAUUUUGCAGAUACUUAAUUCAAAUGUGAUACCCUGUUUUCUUUUAGAGUAACUGAGCUUGUAGUAAAGCAAAGUUCUAUUGUUCGUUUGUUCUUGUUAUGUUAGGCGGUGUUUUCAUCGUCACAGACAUUUCUUGAACGUGACUAUUAUUAAUUAGAGAAGUUUGUAAUAUUAAAUGCAUAUGUAUCUAUGUGUUCCUUAUUGCUGCUGUGAAAGGUUUUGUCAAAUUAUUUUGAAAGGUCAACUAACUUUAACAAUAGUUACAAUUCGGAAGUCGAGCUUUUAUAAGAUAGGAAGAACUACCUUUCUCAUGAGGUUACCUGCAGCUAAGUUGAGCAACAGUAAAGUUCUUUUUUAAAUUAUAGCGCUAUAUACCUCUUGCGUUGUUUUUAUUCAGUAGAAUGAAUAUUUUGCUUUAGUCGAAACAACUUCAGGACUAGACUCUAGGUCCGUUUAACAUGGGUAUAAAGCCGUGGUAAUUCACGGUCGUGCCAGAUGAACAAAAGUUACAUGCAUUAACACAUCCGUCGAAAUUAACACCAUUAACAGCAUUUUAAACACAUGUUGGCGUUAUAAUGAUAAAUACAAACACGUGACUUAAACAACAUUGUACAUGUAAUACCCGUAAAGUAAUUGUUUGAAAACUAUCAGCUUGUUUUUGUAGAGUUCAUUGUAUAAGUACACGCAUUCAAGGUGCCACACACUAGCUUAUCUCCCUUUAAUUUUUCCUGAAAUAUAUCCUUAUUAGAAGAUUUGUUUUUGAUAACAAAAUUUUUGGGUUGAUUAAUGUUAGCAUUGAUCUACAAAUCAAUUGUAAAUAGACAAUAAAAACAGCUUAACAUCAUUUCGAAAAUACAUAUUUCCAUUUAUUUUUGAUGACCAUCUUAUCUUCGUAUUGAAGCACACUGAUAUAUACAAUUAUAUAUUACCAUAUUAACUAUCGGAUUUAACACAAUAAUUAUUAAACUGGCUUUUGGGGGGAUUUUUACAAAAACGAGUAAUUACUGAGUAGCUGAAAAUUGUUGUUUUAAAUAAGUUAUAUAUAUACAAUGUUUUUCGUACUAGGACUUAUCGCCAUAUUGAUUUCUUAAGAGAACUAUACACACUAUCUGGCCUUUGAGAUGUCAUUUUCCAACCCCGCAGACAAGCGUCUUUGAUCAAUAGCUUUAAAUAGUUUUUGAUUUUUUACAUAUUGCAUAAACAUAUAUGUAUUCUCCUUCUAAGUAUUACUUAUGAGUGAAUUAUUAUCCCUUAACUAUGCAGGUAUAUCGUUUGCCAGUAAACUUAAACCGGAAGUUGUUACACGCGUGCUUUGGUCCACAUAUCAGAAAACUACGAUAUUGCUCUAUUUAAUGUUCUAAAAAGAUAUUGUUUGAUUCCGAGAAAAAAACAAUAACUUUAAACUCAUACGGACUUUUCAAACAGCAUUGAAUCAAGUGAAACAAUUGUUUUAUAAAGAAAAUAUGAUUGAUACAAAAUGACUUUCUUUCUUAAAAAAAUCAUUCAUUUAAUUUGAUCCGUCUAUUUACUAAUGAAAAUCCCAUGAAUCACGAAAUAAGACGAUAUUUAGUUUUGACCUUCCCAAUUGAAAUAAAGAAGUUUAUUUAUUCACCUUGACAAGACUAUGAUAAGUUCUACUAGGACUUUUGAAAAACGAGUAUUAAGAAUACAGUGUACCAACUUUUGGAAAUUAAUUCUGCACAACAAUAAACGAGCGUUGCAAAAAAGAUAGUUGUUCUCAUCGUUAAAGUCCAGUCAUGAUUUCGACAAUAAUCGAAUAUAGAAUAAAAGCAAAAUGUUUAGAAAGAUGGCUGUGAAAAAAAAUACUGACUUCGCGAAAACAGUAUGCCUUUUGUAAAAAGUCUUGACGUCGAUUUCGUAAUCAGUCCAUGAUGAAUAUUAUAAUGGGCAAAUAUAGAAUUACACAGAAUAGUAAGAACUCACAAGCCCUGGAGGUGACA